GAUGAAACCACAACUCACAUGAAGAAGCAUAUGACUCUGCUUUCUGGGGUACGCAAAAGGCAAGUUGUAUGUGAUAUUAUGAUUUGUGCGUGUGGGCUGUGGUGCAGAAGGUUUGAUAAAGGUUUUGUUGAGAAGGUUGAAUUUAUGAACUCAUUGUCUUGAUGACGAAUAACAGCAAAUGUGAAUACAUGCGUUUUGAACGGGUUUCCGAAAUAGGAAGGUUCAAGUUUUGUACACGAUGCUUUUAAAAAAUUAUAUUUACUUCUUGCUCAAGACUUGACAUCCAAUUUUUCCAAUUUAACAAAAAACCUCAACUUUUUCAUCAUGGUUCGACCUUCGCGUUUUAAAAACAACAACACCAACUCAUCAACUUCAAUUAAUAACUCUAACAAUACCCCUGUAACAAAUGAGGAAGUGGUCGAACAGCCCAACGACCCUCAAGGUGCUCCACCUCAAGACCCUCAACAAAACGUUCGUAGUACGGUCAAUGGUCCAACGUCUGCUUUAACAUCAUUUUUGAAAGAACAAGGUAUUCGACCUAGACAUGUGAAUCGAUUUGCGCGACGUGAUGAUCAACCACAAGGUUCUACUUCUACUAUUCCUGAAGAACCAAAUGAAACUUCAGAACAAGAAGCCGAACCAGAAGAAGUUGAAGAAGAUAUCGAUUCAGAUGAUUUAGAUGCAGAUCUAUCCAAACCCAAAGGUUCAUCUCGAGGUCAAUCGACUAGCAUCAAAGCAGGCGAACCAUCAAAAGGAAAUCCUGAAACUACUUCCGCGACUACAGUGACUACAGCUACACGUCAAAAAGAAGACCCCAGCACUUCAGACAAACGAAAAAGAGAAUCUCCGGAACCUGCUAUGAAACCCAAAGCUGGAAAAUAUGCAGACAGGAAACCCGGAAUGAUUGCGAUAUGUGUUGAAUGUGCUAAGAAAUUCACUGUGACACGGUAUACGCCUUCAGAGCAAGGUAGAGGUCAACUUUGUGAUACUUGCGCGAAAGGAAAUCCUACUCAACAAGAUAAAGAAGCUCGUGCUCCACCUGUCAAGAAACGAAAAACCAAGAAAAUUCAACCUUUCAAAGCUAGUUGGACAGAAAAUUUUAAAACUUUACAAAUGUCGUGUAUCUCUGUGAUCGCAGAGCAGAUUGAAUCGAUUGAUCCUAGCCUUGGUCAUGUCAGUAGCGUAAAUAUGGAGAAAGUCUGCAAGAUUGUCUGUAAACAUCGAGAGCUUAAACCAAACAACUUACCAUUGUUUCUCGAUGUAUCACAUACCCAAUUGAAGUUAUUUGACUGUAUAAAUCUACACAAGGACAGUCUCAUUACUCUUCCCAACUUCUGUCCACACCUUCAACAUCUUACCCUCAACUUCUGUGGACAUCUAGAUGGAGAAGUUUUAACAACCUACGCACGUCGGUUUAGUAAAUUAAGAGAAUUGGAUUUGUUUGGUCCUUAUCUUGUUAGACGAGAAGCUUGGCUUGAAUUAUUUUCGAUAUGGAGUCAGCCAACUCAAAGACCAGCCUUACCUGAUCCAGCUACAGAAGAAAGCCAAGCCGAAUUGGAUCUAGCUUUAUCGCCUAGAGGUCCUGAAAUCACUGUUUUUAGAUUAAAACAGUCUCCUCGUUUCAAUUUAGAAUGUGUCAAAGCUUUAGGUGAUACUUGUAAAAAUUUGACGGAUCUGAGACUUGAUGAUAUCGGUCUUUUCAAUGAUCAGUGUUUGAAGAUUCUUAGCGAAGCAAACUUUCCAAAUCUGAAACAAUUGUCGAUAGCUAAUGCUGGGAUCUUGAAUGGAGCUACAGGUGGAAUUCUCACAGAUGAUGGAAUUCUUCAACUAUUGAAAUCAGUUGGACCGAAUUUGGAAGAACUUGACAUUAGUCAAAACAAGCUUUUAACUGAUAAGAUCCUAUCUGAUGGAUUAGGAACUUAUUGUCGAAAGAUUCGUAAACUAAAUCUUGCUGAACUUCAACAAUUAACUCCAAAAGGUGUUAAAGAAUUAUUCGAUAUGUGGAAGAAAGUAAGAGCCAGUAAAUUAGAAAGUUUGAAUUUAUCACGUUGUAUACGAAUCGAUAAUGACGCUCUAUUAUCGAUCUUGAAUCAUACUGGAUCAGACCUUAAAUACCUAGACCUCAAUAGCGUAGACGAAUUGAGAGCUGAAGCAUUAGAGGUCUUACCCAAAAAGGCUCCUAAUCUAGUAGAAUUAGAUUUCAGUUUUGUACGAGACGUUGAUGAUUUUCUCAUCAAAGAUUGCCUUGAUAAGAUGCCAAAUUUGAAAUCAUUAUUUGUUUAUGGUAAUAAUCGAGUAUCUGAUUUGUGCCCUAGUCGAGCAGGCGUAUCUAUUCGAGGACAAGAGCGUGCGAUUGUAGUGGUUUGAUGGUUUUUUUGCUUUAUUGUUUAAUUCUUAUAUUACUUAUCUCGUCUUUAAAAUGUGUAGAAUGUCCGUAUAAUUGUUUUUUGGUAUACUAUCAUGAUAUAUUUUUACAAAAAUCACAUUACCUGGAAGUGUCCUUGAGAACUUGGCUGUGAGAAAUAUUGGAUAUAGAUCUUUCUCGUGG